AUGUCUGCACACGAAGUUUGUUUUCGUGAAAAAACUUUUUCAAAAAUGAAUUUAAAGGUUUCACAAUGUUUACAACGGUCGAGCGCAAAAUAUGUCGAUUCGUCGAAAAAAGACAUUAUGGGCGCUUUGUCAGAAUUCAAAGAUUUGUCUCCUGGAACUGACACGUUUAUGUUUCCGGAUGGGAAAAGAAGAACGGCUUUCCGGUUGAAAGGAACCAUUCCUGUGAUUUACAAGGUUUUUUUUCCACUUGUUUUCUAGGAAAAAUUGUUGAAUUUCAGGGCAAUAAGUACAAUAUACCUAUAACUGUGUAUUUAUGGGAAACUCAUCCAUAUUACGCUCCGAUUUGUUUCGUUAAUCCUACGUCUACAAUGGUUAUAAAGGUAAGUUGUCAGAAAAAGAUUUUUGUUCUAAAAUUAAUUCUUAAAUUGAUAGUUUUCAGGAAUCAGAAAAUGUAAAUAAGGAAGGCCGAGUAUUUCUACCGUAUCUCAACGAAUGGCGUUUUCCUGGCUAUGAUUUGAACGGGCUUUUGCAGGUGAGUAUUGUAAUUAAAAUUGGAUAGUAUACUAAAGUUAACUAUGUCUUUUGAAACGAUGCCCAUGUCCCUUUAAAUGUUUGACCCUUCUCCAUAUUUUCGUUGCAACUCUCAUAGUCUGCUUAAAAAUCUUUGCAGUGAUGCUUAAAGACGCAUAAUUCAAAUUUAAUCAAGGUCUCAAGAGCAAGAGAGUGUUAUUUCAGAUCAUGUAAGACUGCUGUGUCUUAAAAAUUAUGUGAAACAGACUUUUCGUAAUUUUUUACAAAAACUAGUUUCAUUUUCAUGGUUUUUAAGGUCUUUAGCUCUUUUAGAAACUCAAAAAGCGCAUUUUUGCGGCGAAUAAAAUAUUGAGAAGCCUUUUCCCGAAUUUGUGAUUCUUUUCAGGUCAUGGCUAUGGUAUUCCAAGACAAAUGCCCAGUUUUCGCUCGCUCAAACAGUACCACAUCGAACUCUUCAACACCACAGCCGCGUCCAAUGCCGACGCCAAAUCCAUCGUAUCCCUCGGCUCAACCGGCGAAUCCAACGACGCCUUACCCAAGCAGUACACCUUAUCCCAACGCUGGCACGAGUGGUUAUAAGUGAGUUUUUUUCUUCGCAAAAUGAAUUUUUAGGGGCUGAGUUCUUUUUGAAAAAAUAGGUACUUUUUAUUGAUUAUUUUUUUGAUCGUAGAGAGACAAAAACGGACUUUAAAAAAUCGAUUUAUUUUUUUCGGUGUCGAAUAGCUUCCUUUCUGCAGUUAAAAUUUUUAUCCCGAGUAAAAAAUAUCACUUUUUUUGAAAAAAAUAGGUACUUUUUAUUGAUUAUUUUUUUGAUCGUAGAGAGACAAAAACGGACUUUAAAAAAUCGAUUUAUUUUUUUCGGUGUCGAAUAGCUUCCUUUCUGCAGUUAAAAUUUUAUCCCGAGUAAAAAAUAUCAUAUUAAUUCUACAGAGUAUUUCAGAUGAAUCAUUAACUUAUAAUAAACUACUCUAUUUGAGAGAGAUACUAAAUUUAGAAAGAAAAAAACAGGAAAAAAACUUUUAAAAAAACAGUCCUCAAGGUUCUUUAAACUUCUUUUUGAAUUUUUUGUGACAGGUUUACUUUUUAAGGUCGAAAAGUUGGGCCUAAAACCCAAUUUUUAGCAACUUUGAUAAAUCUUAUCUCAAAAACUAGAAGCGUCUAUGAGGGAUCUUCAUCUAGACCUUCAGAGAGUUGUUGAGAAAUUUUUUUUUAGAAAAUUCCAAACCGCCAAGUAAAAUGACCUGCUUUUUCAGGACCUUGGAUAAUUUUAGAAGGUUCUGUUGUCAUUUCCAAUAAAACGGAAUGAGAGGAAGAAUGACCUUUUUGAUAAGAAAGUUCGGAUAAUUUUGAAAAAAUAUCCGUUUUCCAGCCCAUACAUGAACGUUAACAAUACGCCGUACCCAAUGGGAAUGCCGUCGAACAUGCCGACGCCUGGAUAUCCGUCCGCUGGCGGACGUGUCGCCCCUCCAAUCCCACCCCCUCCGUCGUCUUCUUCCACUUCGAAUGAUAACAGUACAAUCCAUGCCUCUGUCCUCAGUGCCUUGGAAGAUAGCAUACGGUUCAGAUUGAGGGAGAAACUCGGUAUUAUUCUACUCCAGAUCCUCAAAAGAAAAAGUCAUUUAGGCACAAAGCAAGCCGAAAUCGCCUCAAUUAACACUGUCGGAAACGAUUUGAGAACGGGUCAACAGGCUUUGAAGAGACAUUUGGACGAACUGGAGGGACAAAGGACGACUCUUACGAAAGUUGUGAAGACCUAUACGGUGAGAUUUUCUCCGAAUUCACGAUUUUGCUAUUAAAAGUGUACAGGUUUUGACUUAAACUUUGAAAACGAGGUGUGAAUAGUUUUUCUGUCCUGAAAAAAAAUUUUUUUAACGAGAUAAAUUGAAUUUAUUCAGUUUUUUGAGAGAUUUCGGGCGAAUCUAGUCAAAUAUUUCAUUAAUAUCGGCAAAAACGAGAAAAAGGGGGCGGGGGUUGGCAGAAGCGAUUUUUGUUUUUCUUAGUUUUUCUUAAAACUAAUCGAAAAAAAAUGGGGAGAGAGGAGACUUGGCUGUUGCCAGUCGGUCAUGCUCAUCCCAUGUAUGCCACUAGAUGGUGAUCAACAAUUUUUGAAGCUAUAAAUAACACCUAGAAGUCCAAAAAUGUAGUUGAUCAAGUUGAAAGCAUGAUCUUACGGUCCUCCUGCGCUUAGUUCAUUCAGUUGUGUAUUGAGCUUAGAAUCUAGCGGGUAUUGAAAGUGGAGCCCGAGAUCGUUCUCUAGGUGGAAGCUUAAAAUUUAGAGCGAUUAUAGAUGAGUGUAGACAUUACACGGAGUUUCACGCUGUUUUUUCCCUCGCAAUUUCAAAAUCUACAGGAGAAGCGAGAAGAGCUGUCGAAAGCCCUGGCAGCUUGCUCGAAAGACGAAACAGUUUCUGUCGAUGACGCGAUCGACGCGGCGACGCCCCUUCAUCGACAGCUCCUCAGCAACUACGUUCAGGACCUUUGCUGCGAUGACACCAUUUACACCUUGGGUUUAUUUUUUUUUUUGCACAAAAAUCCAUUUAAAGAGCCAUGAGAAGUUAGAAAAUUUGGUUAUGAAAUAUUUAUGUUAGCUUGUAGAGGAGAAGUUCUCGUAGAGAAGAAAAGUUGCUCUAUGGACAAAACUUUUCGAGUUUUUUUUUGUUAGUAAAAGACAUUGUUCUUUUUUCUAUCAAAAAGUUCUCCUUCAUUAAUUCUCAAGGCUCGGACAGGGUUGAAAAAUAUUGUUGAAAAAAACUCCUUUGCUGAAAGUUAGGUUACGGUAAGCAACGUUCUGUACAACGUACUUUUUUGACGCGGAGUUUUAUUCAAGUUUUUCUUAAAAAGUAUAGAAUUUUGUACGAUUUUAAGGUCAUAUUUUGGAUUGAGACGAAAAGCUGUAUGAAAUGAGUUAUUUCAGAUCCUUUUCUCUUGAAAAUUUCAACUUUUGCGCCUUUUUUUAUUUCAAAAGUUAUUCCUAUUUUUUGUCAGAAGUUUUUUCGUCCUUUUCCCUUUUUUUUAACAGUACUCUGACCUUGGUAACAUUUCUAGUGACCACUUUAGUAACUUCAGCACUCUUAAGUGAUCCCUAGAACUGCUCAGAAAAAAACGUUUUUCCGCAAAAUCACGAAUUGUUCUAGAUCUCUUAUGUUUCGAAAAUGAUUCCUGACUUGAUUAUCAUUUUUGCAGGUCAAUUCCUGAAACAGGGCAAUCUGACGUUGGCCGAAUAUUUGAAGCGAAUCCGCGACGUCUCCCGCGAGCAGUUCAUCUACAGGGCGACGAUGCAAAAGUGCCGUCGCGUCGCCGGUCUUCCUGUCUAA